GCUGUGCAGCUCUGUUACAAAAUGAGCGCAAAGGCUGGAGCAGCUCUUCGAAGGAGUGGAGUUAGGAUACGUUCUCUAGGAACAGGACACACAUCUUUGAAUCUGAUCAUAUCAGAACUCAGUUCAGUAAGGCAGACACUAAAGGACAGCAUUUCAGCUCAGCAGAGAGCUUCUAAUGCACAGUUCAAAUGGGGUCAAGAUGAAGACUCCCCUGCCAUAAGAGACGUAUUGGCAAAAAUUGCUGAAGUAGAUGCAAUGUGGAUUGAAGCCCAAAAGGAAUACUUAGCUGCUUUGAAGGAUUAUAAAAGAACGUAUGAGCACAUUUUGGAGAGCGAGAGGAAGUUGGACGCAGCUAAGAAACAACUGGCAAAUUAUGAAGACAAGGAAAGGAAGUAUGAGAAAGAGUUAUCAAAAGGCUCCAAAGACCCAGAGCAUGCCAGAAGAAAGCUGAAGACAUACAAAGAUGCUAAGUCAUUAGCUGAAUCAGAAGUUAUUGGUCAAGAGAAAGAGACGGUAGCAGUUAAGCUGAUGUCUGUUAAGACUGGUCUGCUUGACCACUCAAGAGAAUGGUCAAACUUGGCUAGAGUUUGCUCUCAAUUUGCUGAAUGUCAUAAAAACCUUGCACUGUUGAUACCAGAAGUUAGUCCACAAACAGAUAAGCCAGCUUCUUACACUGGAGGCCAGGAGAGCAGAGCUAUCCUCAGAGACUUACGAUCGUCUCUCUCUGACUCUGUCCCAUCAUACACAGCUGCAACAGGGACUGCUUCAAUGGCGAGAGGAACUUCGCUUCCUUCUUACUAUUCCUCUUCAUCCUAUAAUGACUCUGGUGUCAAGGAAGCAGUAGAUGAUGAUACUUAUUAUGAUAGUUUUGAUGAGACAUAGUAGAAAUUUGAAAAAGAAUAAUAUUAACAAUAAAUUAUUAUUAUGAAUCAAUAUUAGGUUAACUAUUGCACUUAAAUUGUAACCAUAAUUGACAAAAGGUACCUUAUGUCGGAUAGGAAAAUUGGUCUUUUUAGGUGCUAAUUAUUAGCACACUUGCUCCAUUAUGCCUUUCCUUGUCACUUCAAAAUAUCUGCUCAUCGUGAAAGUUUGGACUUUCUUUGUCCCUCGGUUCUUCUCCGGGAACCUGUAGUGAUGUGUGAGACCCAGCUUAACGGGAACAUUAAAUUGUUUGGUAUAGCC